AUGUCAUCUUCAACCUCACAAACCCAAAACCCCCAACUUCGCAAAGACCCAAUUUCCAACCGCUGGGUAAUCUUCUCACCCGCAAGAUCAAAACGACCCACCGACUUCAAAUCCAAAUCACCAUCAAACCCUAAUCCCAACACCACCUGCCCUUUCUGCAUCGGCAACGAACACCAAUGCGCACCCGAAAUCUUCCGGGUCCCACCCGAUUACCCGAACUGGAAGAUUCGGGUCAUUCAGAAUCUUUACCCGGCUCUCUCACGCGAUCUCGUAGACCCGGUUGGUGCAACUUCCGGUUCGGUUUUGGAUGGGUUUGGGUUUCAUGACGUUGUUAUUGAAACUCCGGUUCAUUCGGUUCAGCUUUGUGAUUUGUCCAGGGAUGAAAUUGGAGAGGUUUUUGUUGCUUAUACGAAGAGAAUUCGAGAACUUGUUAAGCGCAUUUCUAUCAAAUACGUUCAGGUGUUUAAAAACCAUGGUGCUGCAGCCGGUGCAUCAAUGACUCAUUCCCAUAGUCAAAUGAUAGCCAUGCCGGUUAUUCCACCUACUGUUUCCGCCCGCCUUGGAAGCAUGAAGGAUUUUUAUGAUGAGACCGGGAAAUGUUGUGUUUGUGAAAUUCAACGUGAGGAUCUUUUGAUCGAUUCCUCGACCUACUUCUUUUCACUGGUGCCUUACGCCGCUUCAUUUCCUUUUGAAAUUUGGAUUGUUCCUCGUUAUCACUCUGCUCAUUUCCAUGAAUUGGAUGCUGAAAAGGCAGUUGAUCUUGGAGGUUUGUUGAAACAGAUGCUUAGGAAGAUAUCUUUGCAGUUGAACGAUCCGCCGUUCAACUUUAUGAUUCACACUAGUCCGCUUCAUGGUGAUGAAUCGGAAUUGGCCUACACUCAUUGGUUUAUACAGAUAGUACCUCAACUAAUUGGGACGGCGGGUUUCGAACUUGCAACUGGUUGUUAUAUAAAUCCAGUUUUCCCUGAGGAUGCUGCAAAGGUUCUAAAAGAAGUGAAUGUUCCAGAAUAG